UUCCUUCCAGAACCCCCAGGACAACAAUUGGACCACUCAUGUGAAGAUAUCGGGCCUCAUUAAGGACUGAAGAGAUCGACCCAAUAGUUGCAACCCCCCAGACCGUCCAAUUACGUUGAUGCAGUAGUGAUUCGUCGCAGUGUGCCUUAUUCAUAGUGUGCCUCAUAGAGAACCAACUCCUCCUCCGCUUCACCCCUCUUCCUUCACCAGUCUGGAACUAGAUGCUGCCUGGUGAUGCUGCUCCUGUUUUAUUCCUCCUCCGUUGAUUACAACGAACUUGUACAGUGUUAAGUGAUGAAUGGAGGUGGAGCUGUGACCCGUUUUUCGGAAUCUGCCCCUCGUCCCCCUGUCUUCCCAGGUGAAGAAAAUGUGCCGCAAAGUCAGGUGAAGAUGGAUUCAUGGGCUUCGCGGUUCGGAAGGCGGGGCCCGUCGCAUCCCUCGACGCUUUCGCCCUCCAAAGGUUCAUCACCCAUCCUGACGCCGCGCAUGCAUGGCCAGUCGAUGGAUGGGAACGAUUCGGCUCGCCGCUACGAACCGGCUGAAGGAUCGGCCUCAACUUCUCCACCCUUGGUCGAAACACCGCCCUAUUUAAGAUGGGCCGAAAAUCUUCAUUUUCUCCUCACCGAUCCCGACGGCGUCGAACUCUUCGAGAAAUUUCUCGAGCAAGAAAAUUGCCCCCAUUUACUCAAAUUUUGGUUUGCCUGUGAAGGCUUAAAACGACAGUGGACGGAAAAUCCUGACAAAGCCGUCCAAAUUAUCCAAGUCAUUCACAAAAAAUACAUUAGGACAAGAAAGGUCAAUGUAUCGGAACUGGUUCGCCGUGAAAUUAACGACCGAGUGGCCAAUAGAGCUACGUUAGAUGCUCACAUCUUUGACGAAGCGCAAAAAGAUGUCGAAGAUAUUAUUCGUAGCUCAGUUUACGUCAAUUUCCUAAAUUCAGACGUCUAUUUAUCGUACAUUCAAUCUAUGCAAAAUGGCCUACCGGACUCACCACGAAGUGGCCGGAGUCAAGGAGGAGGUUCAGAAAGCAUCGCCAAGUCGUCCGUCGCUCCUGAUCUCCUCGCAACGGGCGCUUCAGACGAUCGAGGACCUCAUGUCGGCCCAUUACCUACUCUGCACGAAGAUUCGGAAUUCUCUUACCCCCCAGCCGAGCUCAACAAACCAAUCCCGCUGACGCUCAAGGCUUUAAUGGCCACCAAGCAGGACAGGAUGAAUGUCGAAAUACGACCAGUAGGCGGGCCCUACACAGGUAGUCGGGUGGUGCACAACCCAUAUCAUCCGCCCAACUAUUACGCGCCCUUCCAUACCGUCUCGCGCCAGGAUUCGGAAAUCUCCUCUGAAGCUCACACUGAUGACACUCGCUCGCUGACUGAUAGUUCUGUCGAUGGCUCUAUGCUGUUUUACCCAGCCAAGCCUAGCCGGCAUCAGUUGCGCAAAGCUGCCCAAAAGAUGAAAAACGAUUGCAUGCGAAAUCGUGAUCCAUCAAUAAAUCAGCCGUUCAUCCCACGAACCCACCGUCCGCCACCCAAAGAUCAGCAGAUGACACCGCAACAGCCCCAUGAAUUUGCUGCUCUUCUCAUUCAAAAGUUGGAGGCUGUAAAGAGGGAACGAGAAUCCGAAGAGAAAUUACUUCGGAUUGUCGCUGAGAGGGAUAGUGAGGCAAGUGGCUUGGAUGAACCUUGCCCUCAAGGCGCUCGCCUAAGACCCGGAUCUGAGUGCUCAGCCCGAGUUCUGGCUGAAGCAUUGUCUAAGAUCGCUCCGUCAAACGAAGCGGAUACGCAAUCGAUUCUUGAUAACCACGUACAGAGAAUCUGGGCAGAUCAAACGCCUUUGCGAUCGCCCGGUGCACCCUCGCCACGGCCAUGGUCCCCAGAAAACCGUCGUCGAUUACCACCGAAUUCUGUGGCUCUUCCCACCAAAGCCAGCGGGCCACCGAUUAUGAGCUCAUCCGCGUAUGGAGCCGGCUAUUUUCAACGUUCAUCAGCCCAUCACCGCCGGAAAGAUAAGGACAUUGAAAAAGGAUCGACGUAUUCAGCCGAUUCGGGUGCAAUUCUCGAUCAAGGUGAUAGUGGAAGAGAAAAUCGAGGCCACUUUUCCAAGUCGCAAUCGAUUCCGGAUGCGCGCCGAAUUGGGAUGAGCAUCCCGGGUGGGGCUAGUAGUGCAGUUGGAAGCAAAAAGUCGGAAUAUGAUCGUGUCCACGAUAGCGGUCUUUGUCUACACACAGACCCAAAUCCAGGAACGCUAAUGGCCCCACCUUCACAACCUCCCAAGGAAAAAGUGCUUCAUUGGAUCACCACCAACGAUAAGUGGCAAGAAGCAGAUAGAGAUCCGUCAUCCAAACACAGGUCGCGUCCACCGAGUUCAACGUCACCCAUUUCCUCUAGGAGGAGUCGGAAACAGGUGUCUGCAUAUGGCACUUCUCGGUCGGAGUCGUUAGAAAGAGCUGGAAAGUUGGCCGGUCCAUUAUUGCAAGCAGAAGACGAUAUGGCUAGAAAUCGUCCUCCAACGAAGCCAAAGCCUAGCGUAUCGCAGCCAACUGCCACUCACUCAACCACAAUGAAGAAACCCGCAAGUAGUGGAGCUCUGUCAGGUGAAAGCGGAAGCACAGUUCCGCCAGAAUGUACUGUUGUGACUUUCACCUUUGGAGAUGAGCCCGUUCCCUACCGUAGCCGAAUACCUGGACGAACUGUCACGCUCAAGCAAUUCAAAGAAACAUGUUUACCCAAGAAAGGAAACUACAAGUACUACUUUAAAACGAACUGCGAAGACGACGUAGCGAUGGCGGUCAAUCAGGAAGUGAUUGACGACUCAGAGAUUUUACCGCUCUGGGAAGACAAAGUGCUGGGUAUCGUCAAGUUGGUCGACUGAAAUCGAUGAUGUUAUAAAAAAAAAACGAUAUUGUCCUGGGAAUUACGCAAACAAAAAAUCUUUAAUUGAACCUGAAUAUUAUGUUGCAGCUUAAAAAUACCCGUCUUCAAAUUUCAACCCUGUCUUUUAUUUUGUAUUAUGUCAGUUCUAUUAUUGUAAUUGUCGUUUUCAUCGAUUCACGCGUUGUUUUUUUCCUUAACUCCUGUCUUUGAUUGAAAUC